UCUCCCGGCUGCUGUAAUUGCUGCUGCGGGAGAAAUUGGAGCUGCUGUCGUCGGCGCGCCCGCCCUCCCCCACUGAGAGCCACCGCCUCUUCUCUCGCUCUCCUUGUACACCUAUCGCCGGGAGCGGCGCGGCAGCAACAGUCCCUGGACCCACCGCCGCCUCCCUAGGCUGCCGCUCGGCCGGUCAUCCUCGCAGCCCGGCAGCUGACGGCGGCCCCUUACCCCUCACCGGCUGCUCACUCUUAGAUAGUCCGCUCCGUCCCCGUCCUCGCCCGGGACGCCUCGCUGGGGUGGAGGACGACGAGGAGGAGACGAAAGUCACCCUCCCUCCAGGCAGCGUCGGCCCCCUCACCCGCGGGUGUGUCCUAUAAAUGGCGUCGGAAAGCGACACCGAGGAAUUCUUUGAUGCCCCUGAAGAUGUGCACCUAGGGGGCGGCUACCCUGUAGGGUCUCCAGGAAAGGUUGGAAUUUCAACAUUAAUGGAAACUGAGAACACUGCAUACAAAAUUGGAAAUGAGUCUCCUGUACAAGAAUUGAAACAAGAUGUGUCUAAAAAGAUUAUUGAGAGUAUUAUUGAGGAGAGUCAGAAAGGACUACAGUUUGAAGACGACUCUUCGGAUUCCAAAGGGAAAGGAUGCUCUGACCAGGCUGCUGCCAGUCCUCUUGUAGCCGGAACAGAUCUUAGCAACAUACCGGGACUGUUAGCCUUAGAUCAAGUCCUGCAGGAAGAUUCCAAAAAGGCAGAGAGUCAAAAUGCAAUUGGAGAAACUGAAUUAGAACCAAAAAGAUGUUUUCCUUCUGAUGACACCUGUGAGAAGUCAGUAGAUGAAAUCACGAAGUUAACUGAAAUAAGUUCAACUGAGCAGCCUAACGUGCCUGAAAGCGAAGCGGAAGUAUUGCACAAGGAAGCCGUGGAAGUCAAAGGAAGUGAUGUUCUAGAACCUGUGUCCUCAAACUCUUUAUCUGCUAAAGAUUUUGCGGCCAUGGAAGAGGCGGCUCCUGCCAAACCCCCAAGACAACUUACGCCAGAACCUGACAUAGUGGCGAGCACAAAGAAGCCUGUUCCAGCACGCCCUCCCCCUCCAGCUAAUUUCCCGCCUCCUAGACCCCCACCUCCAUCCCGACCUGCUCCGCCACCAAGAAAAAAGAAAAGCGAAUUGGAGUUUGAGGCCCUUAAAACACCUGAUAUAGAUGUUCCCAAAGAGAAUAUUCCAUCUGAUACUCUCCUAAGUACGAACAUGGCUUCAGAGAAUACAGUCAAGGAUUCUCAGCCUUCUCUUGAUUUGGCAAGUGCUACCAGUGGAGAUAAAGUAGUUACUGCCCAGGAAAAUGGAAAAGCACCUGAUGGGCAGACUAUAGCAGGUGAAGAGAUGGGCCCUCAGAGACCUAGAUCCAACUCUGGGAGAGAGCUUACUGAUGAGGAAAUUUUAGCCAGUGUCAUGAUUAAAAACCUGGAUACUGGCGAAGAAAUACCUUUGAGUCUUGCAGAAGAGAAACUGCCAACAGGUAUUAAUCCUCUCACUCUGCACAUCAUGCGAAGGACUAAGGAAUAUGUAAGUAACGAUGCAGCGCAGUCAGAUGACGAAGAGAAGCUGCAGUCUCAGACGACAGAUGCGGACGGUGGGCGGUUAAAGCAGAAAACGACUCAACUAAAGAAGUUCUUGGGAAAAUCAGUAAAGAGAGCAAAGCACCUUGCAGAGGAAUAUGGUGAACGUGCUGUAAAUAAAGUUAAAAGCGUUAGAGACGAAGUGUUUCACACUGAUCAAGACGAUCCUUCAUCGAGUGACGAUGAGGGAAUGCCAUACACGAGACCAGUCAAGUUCAAAGCAGCGCAUGGUUUCAAAGGACCUUAUGAUUUUGAUCAGAUCAAAGUGGUGCAAGAUCUUAGUGGUGAGCAUAUGGGAGCUGUUUGGACCAUGAAAUUUUCUCACUGUGGCCGAUUACUUGCCUCAGCUGGACAAGACAAUGUAGUGAGAAUAUGGGCUUUAAAAAAUGCUUUUGACUAUUUCAACAAUAUGCGAAUGAAAUACAAUACCGAAGGACGUGUGUCCCCGUCACCUUCUCAGGAAAGUCUGAAUUCAUCAAAGUCUGACACAGAUACAGGGGUGUGCGGCGGACCUGACGACGACCCUGAUGAUCGAAACGCGCCAUUUCGGCAGCGGCCGUUUUGCAAAUACAAAGGGCACACUGCUGAUCUCCUGGAUCUUUCCUGGUCUAAAAACUACUUCCUGCUUUCUUCUUCGAUGGAUAAAACAGUCAGGUUAUGGCACAUUUCCAGAAGAGAAUGCCUUUGCUGCUUUCAACAUAUAGAUUUUGUCACUGCCAUAGCUUUCCAUCCAAGAGAUGACAGGUAUUUUCUGAGUGGGUCACUGGAUGGAAAGCUCCGCCUUUGGAACAUACCUGACAAAAAAGUGGCUUUGUGGAAUGAAGUAGAUGGUCAGACAAAAUUGAUCACAGCUGCGAAUUUCUGUCAGAAUGGCAAAUACGCAGUGAUUGGGACAUACGAUGGCCGAUGUAUUUUCUAUGACACCGAGCAUUUGAAAUACCACACACAGAUACAUGUCCGAUCUACCAGAGGACGCAAUAAAGUUGGAAGAAAAAUUACUGGCAUCGAACCUUUACCUGGAGAAAAUAAGAUACUGGUAACCUCAAAUGACUCCAGAAUCAGACUGUAUGAUCUUAGAGAUUUGUCACUGUCCAUGAAGUAUAAGGGUUAUGUCAACAGUAGCAGCCAGAUCAAAGCAAGUUUCAGCCAUGAUUUUAGUUACCUUGUUAGUGGCUCAGAAGAUAAGUACGUUUAUAUCUGGAGUACUUACCACGACCUCAGCAAGUUUACUUCAGUCAGGAGAGACCGCAAUGACUUUUGGGAAGGCAUUAAAGCACAUAAUGCAGUUGUUACAUCAGCCAUCUUUGCUCCAAACCCAAGUUUGAUGCUGUCUUUGGACGUGCAGUCUGAAAAAUCAGAAGGGAACGAAAAAGGUGAAGAUGCUGAAGUUUUGGAUGCCUUGCCCUCUGGUAUUCUGAAGACAGAUAAUACAGAAGUUCUUCUUUCUGCUGACUUCACUGGAGCUAUCAAAGUGUUUAUUAACAAACGGAAGAAUGUAUCAUAAUUUGAAAUGACAUUUAAAAUAAACAUAUCAGUAAGUUUCUAUGUGUAUCAGAACUGAAAAAAGAUAUUAUAGUGUUUCAGGCUAA